AUGCUGUCCUCGACUCUCUACGCAGGGUGGCUCCUCUCCCUCGCAGCCCCAGCCCUUUGUGUGGUGCAGGAGAAGCUCUCAGCUGUUCCUAGUGGCUGGACACUCAUCGAGGAUGCAUCGGAGAGCGACACGAUCACUCUCUCAAUUGCCCUUGCUCGGCAGAACCUCGACCAGCUUGAGUCCAAGCUGACCACGCUGGCGACCCCAGGGAACCCGGAGUACGGCAAGUGGCUGGACCAGUCCGACAUUGAGUCCCUAUUUCCUACUGCAAGCGAUGAUGCUGUUCUCCAAUGGCUCAAGGCGGCCGGGAUUACCCAAGUGUCUCGUCAGGGCAGCUUGGUGAACUUCGCCACCACUGUGGGAACAGCGAACAAGCUCUUUGACACCAAGUUCUCUUACUACCGCAAUGGUGCUUCCCAGAAACUGCGUACCACGCAGUACUCCAUCCCCGAUCACCUGACAGAGUCGAUCGAUCUGAUUGCCCCCACUGUCUUCUUUGGCAAGGAGCAGAACAGCGCACUGUCAUCUCACGCAGUGAAGCUUCCAGCUCUUCCUAGGAGGGCAGCCACCAACAGUUCUUGCGCCAACCUGAUCACCCCCGACUGCCUAGUGGAGAUGUACAACCUCGGCGACUACAAACCUGAUGCAUCUUCGGGAAGUCGAGUCGGCUUCGGUAGCUUCUUGAAUGAGUCGGCCAACUAUGCAGAUUUGGCUGCGUAUGAGCAACUCUUCAACAUCCCACCCCAGAAUUUCUCAGUCGAAUUGAUCAACAGAGGCGUCAAUGAUCAGAAUUGGGCCACUGCUUCCCUCGGCGAGGCCAAUCUGGACGUGGAGUUGAUUGUAGCCGUCAGCCACCCCCUGCCAGUAGUGGAGUUUAUCACUGGCGGUUCACCUCCGUUUGUUCCCAAUGCCGACGAGCCAACCGCUGCGGACAACCAGAAUGAGCCCUACCUCCAGUACUACGAGUACUUGCUCUCCAAACCCAACUCCCAUCUUCCUCAGGUGAUUUCCAACUCGUAUGGUGACGAUGAACAGACUGUUCCCGAGUACUACGCCAGGAGAGUUUGCAACUUGAUCGGCUUGAUGGGUCUUCGUGGCAUCACGGUGCUCGAGUCCUCUGGUGAUACCGGAAUCGGCUCGGCAUGCAUGUCCAAUGACGGCACCAACAAGCCCCAAUUCACUCCUACAUUCCCUGGCACCUGCCCCUUCAUCACCGCAGUUGGUGGUACUCAGUCCUAUGCUCCUGAAGUUGCUUGGGACGGCAGUUCCGGCGGAUUCAGCAACUACUUCAGCCGUCCCUGGUACCAGUCUUUCGCGGUGGACAACUACCUCAACAACCACAUUACCAAGGAUACCAAGAAGUACUAUUCGCAGUACACCAACUUCAAGGGCCGUGGAUUCCCUGAUGUUUCCGCCCAUAGUUUGACCCCUUACUACGAGGUCGUCUUGACUGGCAAACACUACAAGUCUGGCGGCACAUCCGCCGCCAGCCCCGUCUUUGCCGGUAUUGUCGGUCUGCUGAACGACGCCCGUCUGCGCGCCGGCAAGUCCACUCUUGGCUUCCUGAACCCAUUGCUGUAUAGCAUCCUGGCCGAAGGAUUCACCGAUAUCACUGCCGGAAGUUCAAUCGGUUGUAAUGGUAUCAACCCACAGACCGGAAAGCCAGUUCCUGGUGGUGGUAUUAUCCCCUACGCUCACUGGAACGCUACUGCCGGCUGGGAUCCUGUUACUGGCCUUGGGGUUCCUGAUUUCAUGAAAUUGAAGGAGUUGGUUCUGUCGUUGUAA